GCAGGUUGGUUUGAUCAGUUUAUUCUUGUAAUCUUCAUCAGCACAUUUAAAUUUUUAGAUAGAACGAAGAUGUUGCCAAUGGAUCCCACAAAGAAGAUUUCUUUUCAACGCUUGAUAAGUGAAGGGGAUCUGGUAAUCGUGUACGAGAGGCACGACCACAUGAAGGCCGUCAAGGUUUGCUGUGGCUCUGUGCUCCAGAACCGAUUUGGUGUUUUUCAACACACAGACUGGAUUGGAAAGCCAUUUGGGUCCAAAGUGCUGAGCAAUAAGGGUGGAUUUGUUUACCUCCUUGCCCCAACCCCGGAGCUGUGGACUUUGGUUCUAAGCCACAGGACUCAGAUUCUAUACAUUGUGGAUAUCAGCUUUGUUAUCUCUUACUUGGAAAUUGUUCCCGGCUGCUUGAUUCUUGAGUCGGGCACAGGGAGUGGGUCUCUCACCACAUCACUUGCCAGGGCUGUGGCUCCUUAUGGUCACGUUUACACAUUCGACUUCCAUGAACAAAGGGCUGCCUUGGCUAGGGAGGAUUUUGAGAAGACUGGAUUGAGCAGCUUAAUUACAGUUGAAGUUAGAGAUAUUCAAGGCGGAGGGUUUCCUGAAAAUUUUUGUGGACUGGCGGAUUCUGUCUUCCUUGACCUCCCCCAACCUUGGCUGGCAAUACCUUCUGCUGGCAAAAUGUUGAAGCAAGAUGGAGUUUUGUGUUCCUUUUCACCCUGCAUUGAGCAAGUUCAGCGCUCAUGUGAGAGUCUCAGAACAAACUUUACCGAUAUAAGGACAUUUGAGGUCCUCCUCCGCUCGUAUGAAGUCCAAGAAGGUAGGAGGGAGUGCACUGGAGAUGAUGAAGGUGAUCCUUUGGGGUCUCUUCCUUGCAAGAGGAAACAGUGUUCAAGUGGAAGAAGCAAUGGGAAGGAAAAAUCUGAUGUUCAUACAGUCAUGGUGAGGCCAUGCAGUGAAGCAAGAGGUCACACUGGCUAUUUGACAUUUGCAAGACUCAAAUGCCUGUAGUGGGAGGUGAGACUACCAUCCCUUCUCAGCUAGGAUUUCAAUGAUGUUGGCCUUAUUGUAAAAGUUUGAUCCAAGCCUCAUGAAAGCCUGAAUGAAUGAAGAAAUGGUCCAUUAGAUUAUCAAAAGCAUUGAAAGGGCUAGGUAGGAGUAAGUUUUGCUUAGUAGUGUCCUGGAAUACUACUUACCUUUUUUUCCCCUUAAUUACAAAUGUUUUAGUUCUUUAA